AUGGUGUUAAUAGGUUCUCCUCGCGCUCAUUUUAAUGAGUUCGGAACCAAUGUCGACAGAAUCUCCUCGGGACGAGCUCAGGGGCUCUCUGAUCAGGGGCUUGUCAUCUCCUCGAUUAUGGGAGACGAUGUUGAAUCGAGGAACGAAACUCCUCACGAUGCUAGCUCGCUUAACCCUGAAGUGGUUCUCGCGACUCAAGACGAUGACGUUGGGGGUGCUCUUGUCUCAAGUCAAGUAAGAGAAGAAGGCGGUCCCCAAAUUCGACCGGUCCCAUCCAUCGAUUUUCUCAACUUCUACAAGGCUGUCUUGGAGAGGCCAGUUAAUUGGAAUUCCAUUAAUUUGGAAAGGAUUCACUGUGCCGGAUUUUCUGUCAGAAUAGGCCUUACUAACCCCGUCGACCCUCCUCCUGCUGGGAUUGAUAUCUCGAGUCUGAAUGCCCGAGAUAGGAGAAAGAUCAAAGAAGUAAACAAGAAGAUCAAAGAUCAGAUUUCUCUAGUUGGGAGAGACAAGAAAAAUGCAACUUCCACCGGAGACGACAAGGUCUACCGGAAAACUCUCCUGGUUGACGAUGGAUCUCUCGAAGGUUCAAAGUCAAUGGCGGUUGCUGUGAACAAUGCUUCUCCCUCCAUCCCAGCAGCAGACAACAUGUUCGCUGCAAUCGUUGAGGAGGAAGGCCUUGCAAGUGACACUUCUCUUAUGAAGAAGAGGAAGGCCGAGGAACUUGGACCCCUGCCCCAGGGACGUCCCAAGAGCACAAGGAAGGGCAGAGCCGCUCCUUCGAAACUGCCAAUUCCUGAACCUGCUGAAGCUCAGGAUGCAAAUCCUGAUUCAGGAACUGUUUUGAAGGAACCGCUGGAUAAAGAGAAGAUCGGGAAUAUGUGUAGGUGCUUCCACACCCGUGUUGGGAAGAAGCUUCCAUCCUUUGAUUGGUGGAAGCCUGAUAUCAAGAAGAUGUACAUCAGUCAUUCAUUUCAUUCUUCCCAGGCAACUUUGGAUGUGAAUGGCAUUGUCAACUUUUACGAAGAGGAGCUCGCCAAAGUUUCCAAGAAAGUUGCUGCCGCUGAAGGAGAGAUUGAAAAACUGCAAUCUUCCAGCGAGAUUGAGCUUCUGAGAUCAGAGCUUAACAAGGUUAAAGCAGCUGCUGAGGAGCUCGAACGCAAAAAUGAGUCUCUUUCCGAACUGAAAGAUCGCGAUGUUCGCAAAAUAUCUCAUGAUGUUCGGAAGGAGGUUAAGGGAGCUGGGCAAAAGUUUCUUCUUGCUGUGCAGGAAUUUAUCGCUGCAGACAAUGCUUGGAACAAGCUUAACUCCGAACGCGAUGAAAUGAAAAGCAAUCUCGAUUUGAUCAAAGAGAUAGAGUACGGAAAACAGUUUGCUUCUGAAUUCGCUGAUUCCCCUCCAUUGACCGAACCAAACAUUAGUUCGUCUUUGGACGAGAUGGUGUUAACAGGUUCUCCUCGCGCUCAUUUUAAUGAGUUCGGAACCAAUGUUGACAGAAUCUCCUCGGGGCGAGCUCAGGGGCUCUCUGAUCAGGGGCUUGUCAUCUCCUCGAUUAUGGGAGACGAUGUUGAAUCGAGGAACGAAACUCCUCACGAUGCUAGCUCGCUUAACCCUGAAGUGGUUCUCGCGACUCAAGACGAUGACGUUGGGGGUGCUCUUGUCUCAAGUCAAGUAAUAGAAGAAGGCGGUUCACCUGUGAAUGAAUGA